AUGGCCUCGGUCCGUUCUCGAGUCCCGAUGCCUCAAGCGUUUCUACCAUACAGAGCUGUUGCUCGAGUCUCCCUCUUCGAACUCUCCGACCUCACCAUCACUCCUUCACGACACACCAUUGCCUCCGCCGCCAGCUGCCACACUAGUCGCACAACCACCGCCACCAUGCCAGAGCGAUACCGCAUCAGAAUCGAGGAGCGUCACCGAGCUAACUCCCUUCUUCAGCAGCCCGCCCGCCGCAACUUGUCGCCGUCCCUCUCGCCCUCUCCGUCUCUGAACUCGUCCACCAGAGCCAUCAAGUCGCCCCCAUCCUCUCGAACGAGCCGUCUGCCUGUGAGGCACUCAAGCACAAUCUCGCGAGUCCCAAUCCUCCGAUCUGGGAAAGCGAGUCUCGUCAGCAUCCCUCCCGGUCGUCGUGCUGAGCGGAGCGUCACCAGCUCGCCCGACGGGACGUGGGGCCGAAGCUCAGACGACGAGGAGGAAGUCACCACGCCCGCGGAGAUCGGACAUCCUCAAGGCUUCGAUCUCCAUGCGAGGCUCCCUGCUCCCCGCCUCGAGGACAGUAGCACAAGCGACUCCGCUAGCCUGGAGAGCGUCCGACGGAGCCAACGUGAGAGAACGUUGCAGCUGCUCGAAGGUGGACCUGCUUCUCCCAAGCUCCCCGGAAGUGUUCAAAAUGCUCGUAUGGGCAUACCAACCCGUGCGGCAGGAUCACUUCCCCGCCGAGCACAAGAGAUCAAGACUCGCAGCUCUCCGCCCGACAUCAGCGACAGAGCCACCAAGAUCCGCAACAGACGAAGCACCGGCUUGGACAUGACGGAGAGCGCCAUACCAGCCGACAUCCCACGAGCCCGCAUUCCCACCACCACCGCCCGCAAGCCAGCUACGUCCAGAGCAAAGCCAGCUCCCGCUCGCCAUCACACCCGCAACCCCUUCACCAAACUGCAAUCGCUCCUCAAAUCCGCCCUACCCAAACCCCGCAGCCGCAUCCCCACCCCUUCGACCCCACCGCCUCGUCCAGCCACCACCUCCCCACCAACCCGGCAGAAAUCCCGCAUCCCACCACCCCGUCCCGCCCGCUCGCCUCCACGCACACCCUCCCCCAACCUGCCUACACCCCAGUCCACCCGAGCAGUGCCCACCACCACGGCGCCGGCACAGAGAGACACCAACAUGCCCGCCGCCCUCGGCCUCAUCUCAGCCCUCACGCGCGCAGCACACACCCACACCAUCGGACCCCACCGAGCGAGAAUCUUGCGGUUCGCAAAUGUCCGUCUUCCCACCUCAUCACCCAUCUCCUACCUUUCUUCACGCUGA